GAAUGAUUAUGGCGGCGUAAACAAAUCAAUCCAAUGUUUUCCCAUCGUUCAGGAAAAUGUACCGAUUGUAAGUAGCGAGAAAAUUGUAUGUACAUUUAAUUUGUUUAAUAUUAACAUAAUGGUAUAGAUUAUUUUUAUCAUAAACUCAUCUUAUACAAUAAUUUAUUAAAAUAGAACGAUAAAUUGAAUGAAAAACUGGCGUUGGCAAGCAAGUCCUGGCCCGUCGCCUCGUACUUAAAAUUUAAAACGCAGCGUCAGACAAAACUGAAGUGGAAAGUAACUCAAAUCAAAUUCUAGGCCUACUUACUAAGUGUAACAACAAAUCAUCGAAAUUACAUCUUCAGAGUAAAUUUUUUAUUUAUUUUUAACAGUAGUGUAGUAUGUAAAAAUAAAAACAAGGAUAGGGGAGGGUGAAAGGCUGACUAAAUACUCAAAUAGGGCAAUGUACUGCUUGUGAGGUUUAGCACCAGGAUGGGAUGGGGAUGAAUGAGACCCAUUUUAUUUAUUCUUGGAUUUUUACUAGAGCUAACUUUUCUUUCUUUAAAAAUUAUUAAUACUGUGAUGAAAUGUUGUAAAUUUAAUAUUUUAUUGAGGAAUUAUCGGAAUUAGUAUACGUCUACGUCACUUGUGUAAGUUGAGGGAAGGGAGCACCUGCAGGUUGUCAACUCCUAAGUCUAUGUCUGGAUUGAUUAAUUCGUCAAGUUCUUUCAAACGUUGAAUACAUCAUACUAUUCUUACUAUUACUGAAUAAACUCAAGUCCUUUUCAUAAUAAUUAUAACUUUAAUAUCUAAGUAUAUAAUACAUAUAAACACAUGAAUGUAGCGCAGCUCGCUAUCAGACAUAAAAUAAUACACAUCCUACUUCCACAAAGUUCCACUCAAGACUGCCGCACGACUAAAACUUACGUCACAAUACUGUCUAGACAAUACUCAAACUCAGCAUAAAAAUACGUCAUAGAGGCAAGAGUGAGAAGAGUGUUCACUAACUAAAAGAGUCAAGCGCGGGAAGAGCGUUCAAUAACUAAUGAACAUAAUAUUCAGUUGCAACAGUUACUAAUGAACUACCAUACUUGACACAGGUCAGUGACACUACUCCCUGCAUAUCUAGAGGGAUACAGUAAUGCCAGGAAAGGGGGCAUCCAUUAAAUUUAAUUUUAACGUUUUAUUCUAUUUUCACUUCUCUCUGUAAGUAGGUAAUACAGCACAUGCUCUCUUUCCCCAUUUUAGCAGACCUGUGUGUUUGCAUUUCUGUUUUUUUUUUUACACUGCUGCGAUCUUGAUUGCUCUGACACAUGCCCCCAUGGCUACAAACAUGGUGGUUGUAGUAGAUUAGGGGGAAACAUCAAGCGUACAAUUACCGGGUCACAAAAUGAGGUGGUGCAAGUGCAGUCCAUUCUACAACUGCAAUAAUGUAACAAUAAACAUACAAGUUAAAUUUACGCAAUCUGCACCACUGAUUUUACUGUCUUUUUGCUUCCUUUUUUACCUCUGCUGCCAUCUUUGUUCCUAUGAUGGCAGAAGUGUCACAGCGAGAAAGAUGCCAGCUGUUUAAAAAAAAAAGUAGUGCAAAAAUCUAUCUGCUACGAAGUAGAAAAAAUUAGCAUUAAAACAAGCAAAUUUAAAGACAUUAAAAAAAAAAUUCUACAACUUUAUGUAACCUGAAUGCUAAGUGAGAGAAUCCCUAACUCAAUCGUAAAUUACACCGUAAAUUUAGUCCCUAAGACCAGCAUUUUGGAAUGGGCAUUGAUUUUUCUGACAUCUUUUGUAAUUUGUUUAUGGUGGAACCUGUAAAAUAGUGUUUAAAAGUGUAUUAAAUGAAACUAAGUUUGGGUUUUCAUUAUUUUAAGAUUAUUUUUAAUCUUUUAUUAAAUUUUACGCUUUUCUCACUACAGCACAGUUUUUCUAAAUUGUCAUUUAAAAAUAAAAAAGUAACUGGUGCCUUGAAACAAUUACAGUUAGUGAAGCCUAUGAAAUAUUGAUACACUAAAUAUAUUAGAUUAUCUGUAUAUUUAACCUAAUCUUGUUAGAGGCUUACAAUAUUCGAUAAUAAAUAUUGUACGGGUCGUCCAUUAAUUACAAUAACAAUUUUUAAGCAAUUUUUGCCAUCACCUGUCAACAACUGUCAAAAUUUCUAUGACCCCCCCCCCCCUAUUUAAUUAUGUCAACAUUUUAAAACACCACCCUACCCACCCCCAUGAAUUAUAAUAUAAAUAUAUUUAUAAACACAUUUUCCUUUGUCCUAAUGUAUUUUUAAUAACACAAAAUUGUAGGAAAAACAUUUUAUUAUAUCUUUAGCUUUUUAAUCAAGAAAUUAAAAAGUUUUUACACUUAAAUUGUAUAAUGCUGGAUCAAUUAAAAGGUUGUUAAAGACUAAAUAUCAUUUUUCUGGAAGUGUAAAUAUGAUUAUUGUCAGUAAUAACUAAUAUUUGUAUAACACAGGCAAGUCAAGCAGAUCUGCUAGACAUUUCAAGGCCCUCUGCCAUUUUUUGGUUUUGAACUUCCCCAACUCGCAUUCCUUUCAAGUUGAUAAAUUUAAAAAAAAUCUCCACAUCACAACAUUAAGCCCCUAAAAUACCCUAAUCCCUCUGGAGAUGUGAGAGUUGCAGAGCCCACAUUUUGGCUCUUAGGUCAAGUGAAUCUAAAUUUUUUUAAAUGGCAUCUUCGCUGUUGCUCUCUGAUUAUGUGUAGAAUUUCAUAGAACUAAAUUCAGGUAUGUGCUAAAAUGCCUUCUUGCAUUUGAAGCUAUCAAAAGUUUUCUAUAGACUAUAAAGAUUUAAGGGGUGAUAAUAAGCCAGGGCAAAAAGCGUAUCCUUAAGGAGGCCAAAUUUGGAAUGUAUUUAGUUCAUGUUGGGCUGGAGCAAGUAAGAGAUGUUCCUAAUAAUGGCUAUUUUAGUGCUUUGCACUGGAAAGUCUGAAAUUCCCCCUCAUAAUUGUCAGAAAGAAACAACGAAUUCAAGUUGUGCCAAAAUGCAGCCCUGCAUUUUGAAUUAGCCCAACAGGCUUCAGCACCCUCAAUUUCUGAACAUCCCUGCCCCACGCUGAUCGCUGUGACAGUAUUUGGUUGACUAUAUGCUUGUGGCAAAUGAUUACCCUGGGGCACUCCACAGCCUGGGUGAAUUCAGUUUAUGUAUGGCACUGAAUGCCAUAAUGCCUCCCUCUGACAAUUGAAAAAUUCCUUUCCCAGAUCAUAUAGUCUAAGAGAAACACUGAAUUCAUGUUUACUCCAAAAUGCACGUUUUGAUUUUGAAAUAAUCCAACCAGACCCCCCCCCCCCCCUUUAAAGGGGGGGGGGGGUCUGGUUGGAUUACUUUACUCAAGAGCCAACAGUAGCCUCAAUUUCUGUCCUUCCUGAAAAAAAUGACAGUACAGCUAGCGCUGGUCAUCAUUUUUGGUGCUGAUAGAUGCACUACCGGGUGGAGUAGCUAGUGCUACCCUAUUCUAGCCAAGAUUUAUGUCCCGCUAAUCCUGCCCCUCCAUACAAAGAAAAAGUGACAGCACUUGAAGACUUGUAGCUAGAGUGUUUGGCGUCAGGGGACAUUUAUUUUUUUCACCCGCCCACCCUGGAAAAAGGCAACUUUUUUUUCAUGCAUUAAAUAUCAUCACACCCCUUGGUGUCCUUGCUAGUAUGGUGCAUGGGGAUGUCUGUCACACUCUUUCUCCCUUUCUCUGGCCACUGAUAACUGCCCCCCCCCUCCCCCCCCCCCCCCUCCCCAAAAUCUGAAAGAAGAGAGACAAUUUUAGUUGUCGCGUUAGGGACAUUUAGGAUUCAAGUUAGUUACAUCACACCCCUUGGUGUCCUUGCUAGUAUGGUGCAUGGGGAUGUCUGUCACACUCUUUCCCCCUUUCUCUGGCCACUGAUAACUGCCCCCCCCCUCCUCCCCCCCCCCUCCCCAAAAUCUGAAAGAAGAGAGACAAUUUUAGUUGUCGCGUUAGGGACAUUUAGGAUUCAAGUUAGUUAUAAAGUUAUAAAUUUUAAGGUAAUUUAAUGUUUUUAAAAUUAUAUUAAAUUUUAAAUUUAGUAAUUUUUCUUUUUUUUUAAAUUGACUAUUACAAGUUCUUUGGAAAAGAAAGGCAUUAGUUAGGUCUGAGUGGAAGGAAGUGGUGAGGCAGGUCAAAGCCCUACAUGGGCUGUAGCGCCACAGGGAUGGAUGGAUUACAAGUUCUUUAAUAUCAUCAUUUUUAUGCACAGUAAGAUUUUAAAAAUUCUAAUUUUUUAAAAUGUUUUUUAAAAAAAGAAAUAUACCCAUUGUCCUCAUUUUCAUUAUUUGUACAUCUUGGUAAGUAGCUUAAACACACUGUCUCUUUUUCUGCUCUCAUUUCUUCCCCCCCCCUGUUGGGCACUACUUUUUUUAACACGUCUACUGUCAUAUUAACAGAGUUGGUGGCAGUUGGAAAAAAAAGUAGUACCAACGCAGGGAAACAGGUGGUAGCGGAUAGCAUAGAUUAAACCUCAACAAAUUCUGAAGCCGCUUAAUAUGUUUAUCCACAAUUAAGUAAGACCUAUGUGAGGAAGGAGGUGUUGUGCUCUAACUAUGAAUAUUAUGCUUACCAACAUCAGCCUUGCUAUUAUUAUUAUUAAUAAGUUAACUAUAGGCCUAAUCUUGGCCAAUUCAGCCAAUUGUAAUGUGCCCCAUUUUUAUUUUCACAUCUCAGUAAGUAGCUUAAAUGCACUGUCUCCCUUUCCGUUUCCCCUUCCAAAUUCCCCCUCUCCCCACCCACUGGGUACUACUUUUUUUGACACAUCUGCUGUCAUGACAUACCCAUUGCAUAUUAUGCUUAUCAAUCUAAGCCUUAUUAUUAUUAUUAAGUUAACUAUAGGCCUAAUUUUUGCCUAAUCAACCCAUUGUAAUUUACUCCACUGAAAGCAAUAAACAGCUUUCAAAAGAUUAGAGAGCAAUUGAAUGAAUGGCUUUACAAUAAUAUUGUUAAAUCUAUAUUUAAACUAUGCCGAAUUGUUUCCUUUUUACAUUUGAUACUUCUUUUCAUUCUGUUUCACUUCAAAUUUUAUUAAAAAAAUACUCCCUUGCUCUGAAGCAAUUAAAGCAGUAUAUUUAAAUUAUUUGUUGGAAGAUUAUAAAGUUAAUAAAACUUAACUCAAAAUAACUUUAACAUUCUUACAGAUGUUUGUAAAAAGAAGCAGAAUCUUUGGAUGAGGACUUCCAGUGACUAUGCCAUCUCCAGGCUUAACAUCAGCUGUUUCUGAGUAUGAGCAGUUUACCUCCAAGUUUGGUAGUGUUACAUCCAAGUAUCAAGCAGAUGAUAGAAAUGAGAAUGAUGAUCAUUUCAUAGCUCAGAAAAAGAAGAAACAUACCAAUCAGUUUAAAACGUUGACUGAACUCAAAGAAAUGACUUUGUCUAAGGCAUUGCACGAUGAUAAUGGACAUAUCGAGGCUCAAAACAGAAUCCCAAGACCAUUAGCUUGGAGUCCAGGCAUGACGUUGUAUCCUCAUCCUUCAUUAAGUAUCACACCAGAAAAACCUUCAAGGCAAGGUGUAGAUUCUCCUAACUAUCUCAAAGAUGACACAUUAAAAGCACAUGAUAUCAGUAAGAUUCCCCAGCCUGUUGCAUGGAGUCCUGGCAUGAAGUUUCAGCCCAAUCCUUCAUUAUUUGUCACUCCUGACAAAACUUCUGUGAAAAGGGUUGUUUCAGUUGAUAAAACUGAUGAGAAAUCAGACCAUCAUACUGAAGUGGUAGAUAACAAUGUUAGAGUUAAAGAAAAAUAUUCUGUUAGGUUUGACCUGCCAUCUGCAUCAUCAGGGGAAGAAGCAUUUGAUGAAUCAUCCUCUUGCUCGGGGUCACCCAUUACUCUUAAAGGAUCUCAAAUAAGUCCUUCGUCCAGUCCAGUUUGGAAGCCUUUUAGCCCACAAAAAUAUUAUGACCCCAACAUCUAUUCAGAUGAUUCUGCUUUAGAUGAAUCUAUCUUUAGUUCAUUACCCAGUGCCAGUGACAACAGAAAACCAAAAGACUUAAAAAACAAAGAAUCACUGAAAAUAAAUUUUGCGCAAAAUAAUGAUGAUUCUGGUGCAAGAAAGGUCAUAGAACUUUACCAGACAUCAUCAUUAGAAAAUUUAAAUUCAAAACCGUUCUCAAGAACCACAGAGUUGAAUAAGAAAACAUCAAAGUUAGAUGUUUUAUCAAGUGAUAGUAGUACAUCUCUUCAAUGCGGUGAGCUAUCUUUAGAUAGUUUAACUAACUUAAAAAAUCCUAAACAAUGUCGCAAGAAGCAGGAUACCGUGGAGGACAAGGUAUUGGAACCAGCUCAGAAUUUUGUGAAAUCCUCAUCAUGGCGGUCUGAACCGCCGACACCCGCCCUUCAUGUGAUAAGAGAAGCUAAGAACAAUCUUGUGUCCACUGAGUACUCUUUUCCUUUUGAUGCCGGAGCUGUUGGUGGGGACUUGGAGUAUGAGCACAUCUUUGCCAGGCCAGAGUUUAACUCAACGAUUAAAAUCCGCAGUGAGCUGAACAGUCUAUGCCAGCAGGAAGUGGAUGUUCAGAAGGCAGUGGAAGCUACUCUUUCAAACUCAGAGGUCAAAAGAUCAGAAUUAAAUGAGAAGGUAAUAAAACAUUCAACUUUUUAAAUGUACUGACUAAAUUGUUUUUCAGUUGUUAUAUUCUAUAAUACCCCACAAGCCAAAUGUGUAUCUCAAUGCAUAUACACAUGAGUAUUUUACAUCUCAAUAAAUAAUAUUUCAUUUUGUUUCAAAUAUUACAAGCAUACUUUUAUGUUCAUAAUUGUAUCAAUUUUAAUUUUAAAGGAAAUUUCUGAAAAUCAUAACAUAAAAGUUACUGAGUUUUACAUCAGUGUUAUAUAUGUUUAAUCUUAUUACACAAGCCUUAACAACAAAAAAAAUUAACUCUUGAAAAACAUUUAAGCUGCAAAUAGAAUCAUCACAUCGUGUAUCAUAAUGGAUUUAAGUAAAUUAUUUCUACAUUUUUCUACAGGCAGCUCUCUACACUAAUCGCACAUCUAAUCAGUUUAGGGACUUGGUUGACCUUGAUGCUUCAGUGGAGACUUUAUGUCAGCGUGUUGUACGCAUGAGGACCUCUAAAGCAAAGAAAAUGACCUGUCCAAAAGACACAGUAUGUGAUAGUUUGGGAUAUGUGCCCUUUAUUUUUAUUUAACUGGAUAAUUCAUUGUCCUAAAGUAUUGUUUGGAAAACAAAGUUAUUUUAAAAGUUAAUUUUACAAAUCAAAUGGAAAAAAAUUGUAAGACUAUUGCACAUUUAACAAUAAAAAAAUUAAUUCAUGUACCUGGUAAUAAUUUAAAAUCUAAAUUAAAGAACAAUGUUAAAUUUAGCUGCUUGAUUAGUGGAAUGAUUAAUUUUUGUGAAUUACCGUAUAUGAAAUCUUUGUAAAAUUUAAAGCAGCAAUUUUACCUACAUUUUUAGAACAACUAUAAAAUUUGUGAAUUCAUUCUGAUUGUUUCUCUUCAGAAAUCUACAAAAACAGAAAAGACACCAGACUUGAUGGAAUUUUUCACCUCUGACCUACAGAGUCAGAACCCUGACUUGAACUUGCCUGGCAUUCAGCCCAUUACGUCACUUCUUAAAACUUCUCCGCAUGAUAUUGCCUUUGAUCUGUAUCGCCACAAUCGUGUUUGGCAUGGCCUUCAUGAUUUCUAGAUUAAAAUAAUUUUAAAAAAUUUCUUUGGGUAUCAAAAACAUCCAAAUUAAAUGUUAAAAUAACAUAAAAGUUUAUCUGCCUUGACUAAUAAGUUUGUAUGCUUAUAAUUUCUUCAUUUGUGAAAAUAUUCUUUAGUCUAAAUAAUUUGUGUAUAUUUUUUAUACAAUGUAAAUAAUCAAUUAGCAUUAAACCUUUAUUUAUAAUUUCAUAAUCUCUCCCCCAACCCAAUAAACUGUAAUGGAAAUGUUAACAAAAUUGAUGUUUAUCUCU